AUGACCGACGCAAUGCUAGCCUCUUCUUCAGAGGCAGGCCGCAGCCCCGAAAUGGUCCAAACCAAAAAACCAGACCCUAUUUCAACUUCGAACACACCGAAGCUGUCAUCGCCGUUUCCCUCUCCGACCGAGGCCAAACAGCCUGCCUCUAUUAAAUUGGCCCCGUCGAUAGAUAUGAACGAAGAUGAUCAGGAGGGUCCCACUUCACAGCCGUCCAAGAAAGCCUAUUCUGCUUCUUCCCAGAGCAAGGAGAACUUCCGUUCUUCUUCAACCCAGCGUUCGCCGAAAGAGAAACCAUCCCUGAACACUCGACCACCCAACAACUCCAAUGAGGACAAUUCGCCCUGCGAGGGCCAUCAAAAGCAUCAGUCUUCCGUUCCAGGGCUCCCCCCCUCUUCUCGUGCCCCUAGCGUUCAAUUCCGAGAAACCGACACCGAAAACGCCGCACUGCCACAGUCCCGGCCUACGUCCUUGUAUGGUGACGAUGGAGAGCAGUCGGCCAGGGGAAGAUCAUUCAUUACCAAAUUGAAGUCAUCUUUCACCUCCCACGCGCGUUCGGCUAGCGGAGGUGCAGUUCCGGACUUUCGGCAACCCCCUCCGGAGUUAGCGACCCCCGGCUCUGAACGUGGUGACUUUCGCUUUCCCGAACCAUUGCCAGAAGAGGGUAGUGAUAUCGAGGCGGAUGCGGAGGAAAGUGGUGCAGAACAAGCGGAUCGUCCCAAAAGAAAGAAGAUCCCACGACGCCCUCAAGCAGAGGAAGAGGAUGCAGGCAACCGAACGGCACCUACUACGCCUAAAGCUGGCCGUCGACCCUCCUUCCACUUUUCCUCAUCCUUUGCGCCGUUCGAGAACUAUCGGCAAAACAUCUUUCCCCGGAGAAGUAGUACAACUGACUUUACCCCGCAACCACGGGAAGGAGUAUCUGAGGAUGAGGGUCGUGAGAGGCUCAAUCGUCGAAAAAGGAGCGCAUGGGCUGGAGCCCGUGGUAUGUCUUAUAUUGGGCGGCAGCCAGACGAAAAUCAGGAUGAACAGCGGCCAAGUCACCUAAGACGGCUUACUGGUCUGGCGGGUCCUUCGGACAAUGCUGAUAGCCUUGCGGCCACUUGGAGACGGCACCGGAACGAGCGCGGCACCAGUGCGAGCGCCCAAAGGUGGAAGCAGAUCAAAGCCGGAUUUAAGCUCAUCGGGCAACGGCGCAAGCCUGAGAAUACGGUAGACAAUAAGAAGUCGGCAGAGUUGCUCGCUGAGUUGGCUUCAGCCGUGCCAGCUGCACUGAUCUUGGCCAGUUUUUUCCAAAGAGAUGAACACGGAAGCAAACGAAUUCCGAUUCUCCUGGAACAACUGAAGGUUCGCGUGACGGAUAGUCGCAUUGACGCCCAUUCUGGGGAUCGGCACCUUGUCUUCCGCAUUGAAUUAGAGUAUGGCAGUGGAAUGACCCGGAUGAAGUGGAUCAUCUUUCGGACCUUGAGAGAUUUUGCCAACCUGCACUUGAAGUACAAACUCCAUCUUGGGACUCAAAAGUACAUUCAGCUACGGACUAGUGAGAACAGCCCAAGUCUUCCUCGUUUCCCCAGGAGUGCAUUCCCGUAUCUUCGGGGCGUUAGAGGGCUGGAAAGUGAGUUCGAGGAUGAAGAUGAAGAUGGCGGCUAUGAGACUGGACCGGAGCCAAUGAGUGGGACUGAGCGGACAGGGAAAAAGAAGAAGCAGACCCAGCAACAUCAACGCCGGUUGUCCGGUGCCCUCACCCGUCGAAAGUCUAGCAUUACGAAUCCUCAGGAAGGGGAAUCGGCUGUGGCCCCUUCAUCUACACAGGAAGGAGCCCAGGGGGGUAAAAGGGAAACAUAUCCAGAGAGACAACGCAAGAAGCUUGAGAUUUACUUGCAGAAAAUGAUCCGUUUUUUGAUAUUCCGGGCUGGCAGCAAUCGACUAUGCAAGUUCCUGGAGCUAUCUGCUCUUGGAGUUCGCCUCGCUGCCGAAGGUAGUUAUCAUGGUAAGGAAGGCUUUUUGAUCAUCCAGUCAUCAAAGGGGUUGGACUUCCGGAGAGCCUUGAAUCCAUCUCUCAUCAAGAAACGACACUGGCCAAAGUGGUUCCUUGUUCGACACAGCUACGUAGUUUGUGUGGAUUCCCCCGAGGAGAUGAACAUUUAUGAUGUUUUUCUUGUGGACUCGCAUUUCAAAAUAACAACCCCGAAGAUCAGUCUCCGCAAUCAAAAAGCGAAGGACCUGGCCAAAUCUGCAAAGCAAUCCGCGAGACACCCACAACAUCAUACGCUAAGACUCGAGAACUCUGAGCGCAAACUGAAACUGCUUGCACGGAAUGAACGCCAACUCCAGCAGUUCGAAGACUCCAUUCGAUUCAUGGCUCAAAAUACGCCUUGGAUGCGUCCUAAUCGAUUCGACAGCUUUGCGCCUGUGCGGCAGAAAUGCUUUGCGCAGUGGCUUGUCGAUGCUCGAGACCACAUGUGGGUCGUUUCGAGGGCAAUAAAUCAGGCCAAGGAUGUGAUUUACAUCCAUGAUUGGUGGCUGAGCCCAGAGUUGUACAUGCGACGACCGGCUGCUAUCAGUCAGAAGUGGCGUUUGGAUCGUCUUCUGCAGCAAAAGGCCCGUGAGGGCGUCAAAAUCUUUGUCAUAAUGUACCGAAACAUCAACUCCGCCAUCCCCAUUGACUCUGAAUACUCGAAGUUUUCUCUCCUUGAAUUGCACCCCAACAUCUUUGUCCAGAGGUCUCCGAAUCAAUUCCGACAGAACACAUUCUUCUGGGCCCACCAUGAAAAACUGUGUCUUAUUGAUCAUACCUUGGCUUUCGUUGGAGGCAUUGACCUGUGCUUCGGGCGUUGGGACACGCCUCAACACAAAUUGACUGAUGAUAAACCCACCGGCUUUGAGACUGCAGACAUGCACAAAGAUGCAGACAACUGCCAACUAUGGCCCGGCAAGGAUUAUUCCAACCCGCGAAUUCAGGACUUUUAUGAUCUAGAUAAACCAUACGAAGAAAUGUAUGAUCGAAACGUCGUACCCCGGAUGCCUUGGCACGAUAUCUCGAUGCAUGUGGUUGGCCAGCCUGCUCGUGAUCUUACCCGGCAUUUCGUUCAGCGCUGGAAUUAUAUCCUCCGCCAGCGGAAACCAACGCGACCUACACCGUUCCUUCUGCCUCCUCCAGAUUUCAACCCGGCUGAUUUGGAGGCUCUGGGUCUAGAUGGAACCUGUGAAGUACAGAUCUUACGAUCCAGCAGCAUGUGGUCCACUGGUACUCCGGACGUCACCGAGCAUAGUAUCAUGAAUGCUUACGUCAAGCUAAUCGAAGAAUCCGAGCACUUUGUCUACAUUGAAAAUCAAUUCUUUAUCAGUACCUGUGAAAUCGAUGGUCGAAAGAUUGAGAACCUGAUUGGUGAUGCUUUGGUGGAACGAAUUGUUCGUGCAGCAAAGAACGAAGAAGCAUGGCGCGCUGUUAUUGUCAUUCCAUUGAUGCCAGGUUUCCAAAAUACCGUGGACAGCGAGGGCGGUACUAGUGUACGUCUGAUCAUGCAAUGUCAGUAUCGCAGCAUUUGUCGCGGCGAGACAUCAAUUUUCGGCCGUCUUCGCGCCCUGGGUAUCGAGCCAGAAGAUUACAUUCAAUUCUUUAGCUUACGAACUUGGGGCAAAAUCGGUCCGCAGAAACAGCUGGUGACUGAACAGCUCUAUAUCCAUGCCAAGUGCAUGGUUGUCGAUGAUCGUGCCGCCAUUAUUGGAUCAGCAAACAUUAACGAACGUUCGAUGCUGGGCUCUCGUGAUUCGGAGGUCGCAUCUGUGGUCCGUGAUACCGAUAUGAUCAUGUCCACUAUGAACGGCAAACCAUAUCUUGUUGGCCGUUUCCCCCAUACUCUUCGCAUGCGGUUGAUGCGAGAACAUCUUGGAAUUGAUGUUGACGAGCUUUUGGAGCACGAUUUUGCGACCGAGGAAGAACUACGCAAGAUCCAGGACGCUGAGGAGGAUACCAGGCCAGCUGGCGAACGGCAGCAACGCGAUUCAGAAUCGUCAAUCAUCGAGCGACAAGACGAGCGAGAGAUGAUCGAACGACGGCACCGUGUUCAAGACGAAUUCCUAUCCCGCUCCGAGGACAUGCACAGCUUCAACCAUGAUGUCGACUGGGAGCAGGGCAACAACCCGAAUCUUAAGAGCAACCGGAGAUUGACUGCCGAUCCCCGCGUUACAGAUAACCCCGAACAUCGAAAAGAUGUAGACGGUGAAGGAUUUGAUAAUUUGAAAGCUGCUGAGAAUGCGGGUCGAGUAGUCGGUCGUGAUUCGCAAAUCUCACCGGUUGGCAGGGAGUGUCUUGUCUCUCCGAUUCUCUCUGAGGGCAAAGGUACCAUUGAGCAACCGAAGUCGUCUUCGCCGCCAAAGCCAUCUCGGGCCAAAUCGACCAGUAAAGAUUCCAGACUCGAGCCCCCAACGGACGCUCCUCGUGACUCCGAGGCCAAUAACAACUCGGAUUCCCAAUCCACUGGCCACGGUAUGUCCGAAGCAUCGAGCCGUGACUCGGAACAUGGCCAUGGUAAUCCGAUGAUGUCGAAAGACAGCCAUGAUCAUUCUCGAUAUGGCCAUUCUUCCGUUCCAGAUCUGAAGCAAAUUUUCAUUGACAAGGACUGUAUGAAAGACCCGGUGAACGAUGCAUUCUAUUUGGACACUUGGCAGGCCGUAGCCGAGAAGAACACGAAGAUCUAUCGGUCUGUCUUCAGGUGCAUGCCUGAUAGCGAAGUCAAAAACUGGAAAGAAUACAAGGAAUAUGCUGCUUAUGGCGAGCGUUUUGCGGAGAUGCAAAGCCAGCCAAGUAAGACUGCUCAGCGACAGACCGGUGCCCCUGGCGGUAGCAGCUCGAUUUCUGCGCCACUCGGCUCGCCGAUCUCCUUGGUCAGCCCUAAGACUGAAGUGCCUAACAUUGAGCCAAAGACCCCACAAAAUAUCGAUGAAAAGAUUGGACUGAAGACGACAGACACUUCCCGAAACCAAGGUGAACCGCAGUCUGAAAGGCAAGAAAUCCUAUCCGCCAUUGAUGAGAAGUCUCGCCUCAAGACCGCAUCCGAUCCACCUUUGUUGAGCACCGUGCAGAAUGAUGAUAAUCCUACUGCUGGAGAGGAUGUUGAGAAGCCCCGCUCUAAUUCGGCGCAUGUCGACUAUUCCGAGGCAGUGAAUCUCAAUGCCUCUCAAUCACGGAGGCGUAGACGACGAGCAGCAACCAUUGGCUCCAAGCAGUUCCACGCUACAGAUGACGUGAUGGACAAGCAGUGCGCAGAGGAUCUUUUGAAUAACACUCAAGGUCAUCUUAUUCUUUGGCCGUAUGAUUGGCUUGAGAAGGAAGAACAGGGUGGUAAUUGGCUCUACGCUCUGGAUCAAAUCUCCCCAUUGGAAAUUUACAAUUGA